AUGACCAAACGGAUCCGUCUUGGGAUCCUCACACCCUCGUCAAACACAAGCCUCGAACCACUCACCCACUCCAUAAUCUCCCAACUCCCCAACGUCAGCGUCCACUUCUCGCGCUUCACCGUCCUCAAAAUCAGCCUCGAGAAUGACGCCCUCGCCCAAUUCCAGAAUGAAAAAAUUAUUGAAGCUGCAAAGUUACUGGCUGAUGCCCACGUCGACAUGAUCGGCUGGAGCGGGACGUCAUCAGGUUGGUUGGGGUUUGAGGCUGACGAAAAGCUCUGUGAGGAGAUUACUGCUGCUACGGGUAUUCCAUCGACAACUUCUGUUCUUGCGCUAAAUCGCGCGCUGAAGGUUUUGGGUGCAACGGAAUUGGGACUAGUGACCCCUUACAAGGAUGACGUGCAAGAGGCUAUUAUCAAGACAUAUGCUACCAUCGGCGUCGAUUGUAGCAAGGAACAGCAUUUGGGCUUAUGGACAAAUAGUCAUUUUGCAGAUGUCACGGAAAAUACAUUGGAUGACAUGGUGGCUGAUGUUGCUGCAAAAGAUGUGAAAUUUAUUUCUACAUUUUGCACGAAUUUAUAUGCGGCGCAGCGAGGAGUGGUCUGGGAGGAGAAGUAUGGGGUUGUAUUGUUGGAUACGGUUGUUACUGUGAUUUGGGAGAUGUUGCAACGGUGCAGGGUGGAUAGCACUCAGAUUAAGGGAUGGGGGCGUUUGCUUAUUGCAAAAGUAACAAUGAAGAACUAG